UAGCGCGUGAACCGAAAAUAACGUUACUGCCCCUUAACCAGUGUUUGCAGGUGCUUUACUUUGACUGGACUACUUAUAUAAUUUAUUGUAGCAGAAAAGUUUAGGCUAGCUUAAGGUGUGUAUUAAUACUCGUAUAAAGAUGUUUUAGGCCUUCAUCCAACGCUGUCGGCGGGCAGAUCUUGAUAAACUUAUCAAGUUAACCAAUCUUCCUCGUGGAGGCCUAAAGCAGGAUAUUCAAUUAAGACUCAUUUCUUACCUGGAUCAGGAUCCUUCAACAGAAUUCCUUUCCGCCCUUAAUGAACUGAGAGGACUGGUGUAUAAUCCUGUCAGUAAGUUUUUUCCUUGUCUUCAGUGUUUUUGUUCUCACGGGAAUCUAUUAAAGGUGGCCGAAUCAAUUAGUUAUUUGUGCUCGCAUUCUGUUUUUAGUUCCAUGACUUGCAAAUUUGUUUUAACUACAUAUUUGAACUAAGAAUUCUCAUGCAGCUAAUCCAAAGCUUAGUGUAGGACCGAUUCCCUAAAUAUAGUAUCUAUGUGACAGUGUAUCUUACUUCUCCAAACAACCAAUACUUAACGUGCUAUCAGACUCAUCGAAAUGUAUUACUAUGUUUAUCCCAAUACGGUCGAAUGCAUUUACACUAAGCUAUUCUGAGAAGAGUCUUUUUAUGUGAGAAAGCAAGGUUUUCUGUAUCUUCACACCUUGUCAAAAAGUUUGUUUAAAGUUGCUGAUUAAUGAAAGUAACAUGAUAUAGGUAUUGCCACCAGCCUAUAACGUUCUUUUUCAUCUGUAGUAUCUAGAAAGCAUUCCCAUGGUCACACUUCUUUUUAGAAUAUAAGGUGACCGUAUGUUUUAUUGUUAUGCUCCAGUGACACUUUGCUAUAUGCUUGGCUCUUAUUGUAACCACUUUCAAAGUUCAGGGCAGAUGUCCCUCGAGUUCUAAUCAAAAGUCACAAACGUGAACCCCUCCUCCCAUAUUUAGUUUGGACAGAUAAUCGAUACCAUCGGAUUCCUCACGAAAGUUAUAGAUCGAAGUUAAGUACAUAAAUCUGUACUCGAUUUCCAGUUUCAACAGUCAAAUGGAAAUUUCGACCCCCACUGUCCUUCGAGCGAUAUUCCUGCCUCGCUUAUGUAUUUAAGGGACUCUACCAUUCGUUGUCCUACAGAAUCGUCAAAGAAUAGUGGAGGACCAAAUUCAUGUUUGACAGGUACAAAAAUAAGCUGUUCAUUACAGAAAGAGCAGUUGAAUCAUAACCCAUACGUUGUACAACCGAAUAUAAAUGUUUUUGGGCAGUCAUCUCCAGAUGAAUUAGAUUUGACGAAAAACAGGCAACAAAAAUCUCAGCAAACAGAUUCUUCCAAUCAACUCCCACAAAGUUCAUUGUUUCCGGGGAAUCCUGUGAUUAACCCAUCAGUUUGGUCAUCUUGGGAGUCUGUUAGAAAAUUAUUACCUGAAAACCGAGUGACGAUAUCUCAGUCUUGUACAUCUGGAAAGUCCCAAAAUUUAAGCAGUUUUAAUCCUCACUCUCAAACCAAUGUUGCCUCUUCUCUCCCUAUUCUAUCCAAUUCAGCUAUGUCAGAUGGGCAUUCGAAAAUAAAUGUGCACUCUGAAUGUCCUCAGAGUUCAAUCCACACGUACAGUACUGACUCAAGAAAAGCUACUGUCACACACAAAAUAGGUCAACUUAUAACACUGGCUGGAGUUGAUGGAUCGUUUCGGCUUCCCGCUGUUUUGCCUGGAUUUCAUUUCAAAGAGUCUCCAUUUUUCAAACUGAUCGAUGUUCUUUUACCUCCGCAAAUCAUUCUCCCGGCCCACAUUGGUUUUGCUACUGGACGCCGAUCUUAUGACCGUUCUCUGGCCUUGAGAUUUACAUCUGAUCAAGUUGAAACCAUUACUUAUCACUGCUGGCGUGGAGCUGAUGAACGAAUGGAAUUCGGAGUGCAAGUUAUUAUGCGUUUCGCUCGUCUAGAUCCUCAAGCCUGCCAAGAUCUAGUACAGGCAUAUGAGUUGUAUGGUAGUCGCAAGUCAUCCAGUUUAUCAUCGGAUAAACUCAUUCAAAUACCAUUAGCUGAAGAUAGUUUACCAGUUCAUUUAAUAAUCCAAGUAAAUGGUCGACCUAUCCAACUCCCACCUCUUUUACCAAGUAAUCGUCCAGGAAUGGAUGGACGUCGUAAUCCUAGACCUAUUAAUAUCACUCAGUCUCUUCAUGUUUCCCCUACUGUUCCAAACUAUAUUAAAUUGACUUGGACUCAUGAUUAUUCUAGCUAUACCUAUAAUGUUGUUGGAAUAUACUUGAUGCGUAGACGUUCGCCUCAACAGUUAUGCGGUCUUUUACAUUCGACUUCAUUUCAAAAUGCUAAUGUAAUGAAAAUGGAAAUCAUGAAAAAACUUAGUCCUAAUGCUACCACUGGUAAUAUUAGUAGCGUGAACAGCCAAAGUCAGUCUUCAGCCUGUAAUGAGAAUGGCGAUGAUGAUGACGAUUUAGUUAUGCCAAAUACACUUCCUGUUCAGCUUCUUUGUCCUUUAUCUAAAUGUCGUAUUGAAGUACCUGUACGUGGACGUAAUUGUCGUCAUGUUCAGUGCUAUGAUGCAACAACUUAUCUUAUAAUUAAUGAACGUAAACCAACUUGGAAUUGUCCUGUGUGUGACGGUAAAGCUGUUUACGAAGAUUUGAUAGUUGAUGGUUUAUUUUUAGAAAUAUUGAAUUCUAAACGUUCUCAAGAUCUAGAAGAAAUUAUAUUUCAUUCGGAUGGUUCUUGGUCGGCUCUAGGCGAAGAAAUGACUUCUAAUCAAUCAGAAAAUACCAAUUGUAAUAAUGAUAAUAAUGCUGAUAAUAGUAAUAGUAAAAUCCCAUCUGAGCUAUCUCCAUGUACUGAUUAUAAUCAAUUAUAUAGUUUAAAAGAAAGCCCCUAUGCUUCAAGUCACAUUACUUCAAAUUCAAUUAGAUCAACUACUGAUUCAGCUGGUUCUUCUUCAUUCGUACCAUCAUUUAAUACCUUGUCUCCUGCUAGUUCAAUAAAUUCAUUGUCUAAUACAAACAAUUCUUACCCUAAUACAUUAUCAAUGUCUCCUGCACUUACUGUACGAGCUGUAGCAACCACACCAUUGAUAAGAAAUGAUGUGGACAGUAUUUCUGUCCCGAAUACAGCAAAAACUACAUCUACUACUAGUACUACCAGUACUAAUUAUCAAACCUUAGUUACUGUUCAAUCUUCACGAGAUAAAGAACAAAAUCAGCAUAUAUCCCAAGAGAUUUCCUCCUUCACUAUCGACUUAACAUUAUCUGAUGAUGAAAAUGAACAACAGGGAAUAAGUUAUAGAGAAACUGCAAGUAGUAUUCAAGUUCCUACAAAAGACAAUAAUUCUUCUUCGCGUCCUGUAAAUACAGUAACAUCACAUUCUUCAUCAUCAUCGUCAUCAUCCUUAUCACCUCAAUUUCCUCCUAGUGAUUUAUCUCAAUCUUCUCAUUAUUCUGAAAACAAUAAUCAACCUCCAUUUUCAUUACAUACGAGUAAUAGACCAUCUUCGAUAACAUUAUCAAGUGCUUCUUACUCUAAAAGUUGUAAUCAAUCAAUUUCUAUACCUCCUGUUUAUUCAUCAGAAUCAAAUUCUACACAAUCAGUUAGUGUUAGCCAAAAUCUUGUAGUUCCUAAUGUUUCUGUAAUCAAUGCCUCUUCAAAUCAAAGGCGUUAUCCUCCUGUUAGCAGUGGACAGAAACAAGUGCAAGAACCGGCUACUAACAUACCUUGUUCUGUUACUCAAUCAGAUGUUCCUGUUAGUUUACCUUCAAUUGUCACUUCAGCAACAUGUGGAGGUAAACGUCCAAGCUCAUCAGAUUAUAAUUUUUCAUCGUUGAAUUUCUAUCAAUCUGGGACUCAAUCUGUAAGUAAUAAUAAUGGAUCACGCUGCAGUUCAACCGUUCAAACUACAUCUGUUUCAGAUGAAUCCAGUCAGUAUUCUUAUCCAACAGCAAAAGUCCCUCGGAUUGAAAUUCUACAUAGUCAACAUUAUGGAUCGUCUUCAACUCAAUCUCAGGGAUCCUAUUCUAAUAAUAAUAAUAGUGGUUAUAAUAGUUCUAGACGGUAUACAAAUAGUCCAUCUGCUUCAAAUCCUUAUACAUAUCAUUCCAAUAUAACUCGACAGAUGCCAUCUGAUGGAUAUCAUAGCAACAGACUGACGUCGUCAACAUUCCAUUCAGGUCAAUCUUCCGAUCAUUUUUAUCACAAUGAACAUACACCAAAUGCAAGCAGUCGAUAUUCAUAUUAUAAUCCUAAUGAAUCUGGCAAUAAUAAUAUUAAUAACGCUAAUCGAACAUACUGCUAUUAUCCAUCUUCAAGACAUGCUAGUUAUCCUACAUCCGAUUCUGGAACAAUUUAUCCGCAUAAUAGACAAUUAUCAUCUCAUAUUCGUGGUCCUUAUGAAACUCACCACAGAAAUGUAACGAAUAACACUUUGCCAAGAGAUCCACUUCAUCAUAAUUCACAAAUGAGAUCAUCUGAUAUGACUAAUUCAACAUAUUGUGGUAACUCAGUUGACUCACGUAGAGGAUUUCAUUGAUGGUUUUUUAAAUCGAAUUUUCCCAAUGAAAAAAAAGAAGAUAACAGUUUCAUUAUUCCUGAUGAAGUUUUUUCCUCUAUUAAUUGGAUGUACACAUUUAUAUAAAUAGUCUACUUUCUUUUCUUCCUUUUUUUGUCUUAAACAAAAAGAUUGAUUUGUAAAUAUCAUUCAUUUUUGAAGAUAGAUGAUAAUCAUCCAUUCGCUUCUUGCCUUUUUUCUUUCUUUUUUUUUAAAAUGUAUAACAGAAUUUAUACAGAUUACAUUUGCAUUUUUCUUUUCCAUGUUAGUUUUUUCUGUAAAUGAUUUUUUAUUUUUAAUGUAGACUACUACUGAAUAAACAAAAUGUAACAGGAAUUAUUUAUUUAUCGUACAUAUACAGUCAAUCUUUUUUAUUUUCUACUGCUCACUACUGUGACAUCAUGUCAACUGAUGAAGUUUAGUAAAAAGGCAUGGAUAAAUCAAAAACUACUUCUACAUACUUCUUUACUCUGUAUCUGACAUUAUCAUUCGUUUUGAUUUGACGGCAUGCACUUGACAUUGGGAUUAAUAUAUGUAGAUGUACAUGUAUCUUAUCAGCGUUAUUUUAAAUUUCAAUACUUCAAGUAUGGUACAUGUUACAUUAAAUUUACUAAUAAAGGGCGCCAUAUUUGUUACCGCAUUUUACUAUCAGGUUAUUGUUCACAUGUUGUUGACUAGGUUUAUUAACUGACCAACCAAUUCAUUAUAUAUAGUUUUCUUUAUCUACCUUCUUGUUGUAUAAAAUACAGUUAUGUCUAUUAUUAUUAUCAUCAUCAUUUUAUUCAUGCUGUCUCUCUGCGACUUUGAUUGUAAUCAAAUCUAAGUGAAUGUCUACAUAUAUUCUCCUGUUUAUGUUGAGUUUUAUAACUAUAUUCUUUGUAAAUGUUUUAAAGUGUUAGUGUAUUUCAAUGAUGUUUAUUUAAGGGAAACACGUGAUUUGUAUAAAAGAGACUCGAACUUGUAUAAAAUUAAUUCCUCUUUUCUUUCAUGUUUCAUGCUUACUGGAUUGUUGUUUUUCAUCGUAAGUUUUGUGCAUGGAUAAUUUUAAUUAAUCCAUUUCAGUUAUAUUUAGAUGCGUUUAUUGAAUUAGAAAGCAAUAAUUGUUUCUCAUGGGUAUGAUCACCAAGACGUCUACUGAAAUAAUUUUGCAUUAAUCGUCAAUAAAAAAUUAGUGAUCUAUUGCAGCUCUUGGUGUA